AUGAACCCUUUAACUGUGUUUGUUCGUGCUACUCGUCCCAUAUAUAGGAAGCUGUCCACAUCAGCUCCUGUUGCAUCAGCAAAACCAAUCCCAACUACUGGAUUUUGUUUUGAACUAAACGACGAGCAAAGGGCGCUGCAGGAGCUCGCCCGAAAAUUUACAAAGGAAGAAAUAAUCCCUGUGGCGGCGCAAUAUGACAAGACCGGCGAGUAUCCUUGGCCGAUUGUUAAGAAGGCCUGGGAGUUGGGGCUAAUGAAUGGACAUAUCCCUGAGCAUUGUGGCGGUUUGGACAUGGGUGUCUUUGACGGGUGCAUGGUAGCCGAGGAGCUAGCGUACGGUUGCACCGGUAUCAUGACUGCAAUGGAGGCCAGCGGCCUGGGCCAAACGCCUGUGAUCAUAGCUGGUAAUAAGGAACAGCAGAAGAAGUAUCUCGGAAGGCUGAUCGAGGAGCCUCUUGUUGCUGCGUAUUGUGUGACGGAGCCAGGCGCUGGUUCAGACGUAGCAGGCAUUAAAACACGUGCCGAGAAGAAAGGCGACGAAUGGAUCCUUAACGGACAGAAGAUGUGGAUCACAAAUGGAGGCGUUGCUAACUGGUACUUCGUGUUGGCUAGAACUAACCCGGAUCCCAAGUGCCCAGCUAGCAAAGCCUUUACUGGCUUCAUUGUUGAGAGAGAAUGGGCUGGAGUCACGCCUGGCCGCAAGGAACAAAAUAUGGGUCAGCGUGCCUCCGAUACUCGCGGCAUCACUUUUGAAGAUGUGCGCAUCCCCAAGGAAAACGUGCUCAUCGGCGAGGGUGCCGGAUUCAAGAUCGCCAUGGGAGCGUUCGACAAAACUCGACCACCGGUGGCGGCAGGUGCGACCGGUCUUGCGCAACGUGCACUACACGAAGCGACGCGUUACGCACUAGAAAGGAAAACGUUCGGCGUUCCCAUCGCCCAGCACCAAGCAGUAGCCUUUCUACUUGCCGAUAUGGCUAUCGGCGUAGAAACCGCCCGUUUGGCCUGGCAGCGAUCCGCUUGGAUGGUUGAUCACGGUCAAAAGAACACUGUGAUGGCAUCAGUGGCUAAAUGCCAUGCCUCGGAAAUCGCCAAUAAAGCCGCCUCAGAUGCUGUACAGAUUUUUGGUGGCAACGGCUUCAACACAGAGUAUCCAGUUGAGAAACUCAUGAGAGAUGCCAAAAUCUACCAGAUCUACGAGGGCACUUCUCAAAUCCAGAGACUUAUAAUUUCCAGAGAGAUUUUGACCGCUGCAAAGCAAACCAAUGCCUAA